AUGAAGAGCAAAGUGGACACGAUCGUGAACUUCACCCACCAGCACUUCACCUCGCAGUUGGAGGUCACCGUGUGGGCCCCCAGACUCCCCUUGCAGAUAGAGAUCUCGGACACGGAGCUGAGCCAGAUCAAAGGCUGGAGGGUCCCCGUGGCCCCAAACAGAAGGCUGGUCACAGCCACCAAAGUCCUCUCAUGGAAGGGCGCAGGGCUGGUUCGUCUAGCAGGGAAGGUUCUGGAGCAGCCCUCAGGUGACGCGCUUGAGCCUCACGCACCCCGGGGGAAGGUCCUGUCGCCUCUCUCUGACUCCAUCCUGGCCGAGAAGACGGUGAUCGUCCUGGACGACCGUGUCACCAUCGCAGACCUGGGCGUGCAGCUGGUGGCUGGCUUGUCUCUUUCCCUGCAGCCUCACAGGACGGAGAGAAGGGCCAUCGUCUCGACAGUGACCGCCCAGGACGUCCUUCAAGCCCCACAGCAGGAGGCGAUAGUCAGUUCCUGGAUUUUGUUCAGCGAUGGCUCGGUGACGCCGUUAGACAUUUACGACCCCAAGGAUUUUUCCAUUUCUGUCUCGUCGCUGGAUGAGAUGGUGGUGUCCGUGCAGGCCAACCUACAGGCCGCGUGGCCGGUCGUGGUUGCAGAGGGCGAAGGGCAGGGGCCCUUGAUCAAAGUAGAGCUGGAGGGGAAGGGCAAUGUCAAGGUCAGCUUCGGGGCUGGCACGGAUGGACGCCCAGGAGGCACCAACGACAUAGAGGGUGUGGGUCGGGAACACACAGACCACCUCAGCAACGCCAUCGAGCGGGAAGGGGGCCGGGACAGAGCGGUGCAGGGACUGUCCCAGCACGGCGCCUCUGCUGGCCGCGAGGACAGGGCCGGCCACGGCACAACCCCGCGGGCUCCCGCGGAGAGAAAGGAGACGAAGCGAGGCCCGGACGCCAUCACGAGCUUCCCCGCCCCGGGGAGGCUGCCGGACCCCAAGGCCCCCGGGGAGCUGGCCGUGACCUCGCGGGGGCUCACCGACCUGGAGAUCGGCAUGUACGCACUGCUCUGCGUCUUCUGCCUGGCCAUCCUGGUCUUCCUGCUCAACUGCGUGGCCUUCGCGUGGAAAUACAGACACAAGAGACUGGCCGUCAGCGAGCAGGGCCACCUCCCCCACUCCCACGACUGGGUCUGGCUCGGGAACGAAGUGGAGCUGCUGGAGAACAGUGUGGCCAUCGGCGUCGCUUCGGAGGAGGGCACGGCCGCGGCGGACCGGGGGCUGCAGUUCGAGGAGAGGAACUUCCUUCUGAACGGCAGUUCCCAGAAGGCUUUCCACAGUCAGCUGCUCAGACCCGACUACGUCUAUGAGAAAGAAAUGAAAAACGAGCCCGCGACCCCGUCGGGCCCGAAGAGGAAGAGGGUCAAGUUCACCUCCUACACCACCAUCCUCCCGGAGGACGGUGGCCCGUACACCAACUCCAUCCUGUUUGACAGUGACGACAACAUCAAGUGGGUCUGCCAAGACCUGGGGCUGGGGGAGCCCCCGGACUUUAGAGACUACAUGGAAAGGCUGCAAGAGCAGAUGUAG